CGUGAUUCAUAUAUAAGAUAACUUACCAUGGCAUAGACCAGAGUGUAAAAUUCCAACAAUCGAUUAUCACCGCGACUUGAAAAAGAAGAUGAACGUUUUGGCAAUUAUAAGCUUCGUGUGUUGCUCCGCUGUUCUUGGGCACCCCUAUUAUCGGGAUUUAAUUCCGAAUGGGUAUGGUGUACCCAAUCCAUGCGAUGGUGGUGCUACGGUAUGGGAGGCUGUUGGCCACUACAACCCUCUGCAUCACACAGUUGAUAAAAACCCAUUCGCACAGGCGUUUGCAGCUGCUGGGCACGUAUGGACAGUAGCGCUGUGCCAGGCGGACAGUGACGGUGACGGUGUGACCAAUGGGGCCGAACUUGGUGACCCAACAUGCGUAUGGACUGCGGGGGGUUCGCCAACCGGACGUGCUACUGGUCACCCAGGUAUUUGCAAUCCUGUUGGCUCCUGUCCAGGUCAGGCGUUUACAUGUAAUUGUCAUGGCCACAACUGUGUUGGAAAAUAAAUGACGGUGCUCUGUUAUAUGUUCUUGAUUUUAGUAUGCCACUGAAAUCCAAAUAAAAAGUAAAUACAAU